AUGGCUGCCUUGGCUUCAGCCACGGAGAAGGGGGAUAAGGAGGAGGAGGUGGAGGAGGAGGAGGAGAAUAGCAUUGACGUGGCCAAGGAUGAGGAGGUUCAGGAGGAGGAGGAGGAGGAAGAGGGAGUGUUUGUUGUUUUUAGAAGCGAAGUGGUGCCAUUUGUGAAGCAUUCAAUUAACGUCUACACUUCUGCUCUGCAAGUCGAUAUGGAGGCGUGCCACGCGCCUCCUUUACCAUCACCCAACAUGGCCAUUUCAUUGGCCCGGCAAAGAAGUCCAGUGACAGAAGACUACGACAGCAUACUAAACAUUAGCGCUACUCCUCUUGGUCCCAACAGCAUUAGUGUGUCAUGGGAUGUCGACGAAAUGAAAGCGCGCCAAGUAUCAAUAUUGCUAGCCAUUGCAACACAAGUGCCAGAUACUGUUGGCAUUGUUGUUGCACUGGCAAAUGUGGGCGAUGGUAUCGCUCUUAUUGAAGACUUGGAUCCGAGCACAACCUACAAAGUGAAGGUCGUUGGACUUGAAAAUAUAUGGAUCGAGGGCGAUGAGGAAGAGAAUGAUGACGAUGAGCCGUUGCAAGAAGUAAGGGAUGGAGACGAAGGGGAAGAUGUGGAGGAGGAUUAUGAAUUUAAGAGUGAGGUGUUCGAGUGGACAAACAUAGUGGAAACACUUCCGCAAGGUGAGCUUCAUUUGGCUUGCAUGCACUGCCUUGUACACCCAUCCACCUAG